UAUCACAUGACUAAAUUAGCCAAUCACAUUUUAUUGGACUUCGAUACCCUACAACAAAUGGUUGACCUUCGGGAAGCUGAAAGUGGAGGUUUUAUUCAAGUUUUUCCUUAUAUCCAUUUAGCACAAAUAAUAUGAAGGAAAUUAAUUUUAAUGAGGAGUUUGGGAUGAAAUGGAGAAAAGCAAGUAUCCUCAUAGCCAGAGAGUAAAUCCCAUAACCAUGCAGUCGCCUGGGCCUCAGUUUCCAUCCAAAUAUGGUGCUCUGCCCAGUAUUCAGAACAGAAACUCCCCUAUCCCAACAAAAGACAAUCAGGUAGUCCCAAUGGACCACAGUUUUGAUGCAGAGCCAGAGGAGAGAUUACGCCAUCUGGAAACCAGAGUGAACGUCACUGAAAAAUCCAACCGAGCCUUGUUGGAAGAAGUUGUCCGGUUGCAGAGUGAACUGAAAACCAAUGUGCGUAGAAGUGAGGAUGUAUUACGAGAGGAAAGGCAAACAAGACUUCAGCUUGAGAACUCUUUACGAGCAAGCAAUGAUUUGAUAGCACAGUUGAGCAGCAGGUUAAAAAGAACAGAGGAUAAAAUAGCAGAGGAGAGAAUGGCCAUAUCAGCCCUGGUCAAUCAUACUAAAAGUGUGGAGCAGGCAGUGCUGGGCAGUCAGCAGGAGCUGGUCAGUAGGAAGGAGGCACAGACGGCCAGGUUGCAGGAAAUGAAGGAAGAGUUGGAGGAGGUGUCCAGGGCAAAAGACCAGUUAGAAAGACUGACCUUUAACUUGGUGGACGAAAUGAGACAGCUUAAGGGCAGGAUGGAUAAUCAAAACAUGGACUUUGCAUCAGUGGCCAACGAUUUAAAAAAUAAAAACAAAAGACUAGAGGAGGAAAACAGGCAAACGAGGUUAGAGUCAGUGAGAAAGCAUGCUGAGGUGCAGAGCCUGUCAGACAGCACCUCCUCCCAGCUGAGACAGCAGAUAGAGAGCAGGCUGUCUGAGCUCAGGGAUGUCCUGGUGGACCUGAGGGGAAAACAGGAGGGAGAGACGCAGGAGAGGAGAAUGCUGGAACAGGCAGUGCAGAAAAAGAUUUCAGAGCUGAUGUCCAACAUUGCUGAACAGAACAGAAAGCGGGAGGAGGCCAUGCAUGCACUGGAUUCCAUUCAGAGAGAGCGUGAACAUGCAGCAGAAACUGAGAGAAUCAAGCUCCAGGGCAAAAUAGCAGAAACAGCUGAGGAAGUUAGCAAGAAAAUACUCCAGAAAGAGAUUAAGUUAAGGGAAGAGUCACAGGAAAAAUUUAAUAUGGUGGAAAAGCUAAUCUCCAAUGAGCAGUCAGCCAGGAUGGCAUUUGAGAGUGAUCUCAGGAGAGAGCUGGACAAGAGAUGGGACUCAGUCAAGAAAAGCAAUGAAGGAGAUCUGCAGGCUGUCAAACAAGCUCAGAAAUUGGAGCGUGCUAAGACCAGUGAAACCCUGCACAAGCUAGAUGAGGCAGUGGACCUGUUGCAGGGACAGAUUGAGCAGUAUAAGAAACAACAAGAGAAACUGCUCUCUGCUGAGAUCAAGUCAAGGAAAACACAUGAGCGUGACACAAGGGAAAAGGUGGAGAAUCUCCAGGAGAAGUUGGGUAUUGCUACUUCUACACUGCAGGCAGCUGUGGGUGGAAUUAUGACCAAGUUGCAGACCGAAUCAGAUAGGCUGAAAGCUCAGAUUGAAGAGCUUGAAGCCAGCCGAGGAAGAGAGUCUCAGCUCUCUCAUCAAGGCAAUACAGCUGCUGAGGAAAAGAUAGAAGAGCUAAAACAUGCUUUGCAAGAAGUGGAAGAAAAACUUAAUCGAGAGAUAUCAAAGAUAACUGAAGAUGAGCAGGAGAGAAGUGGUAAAGCCUUAUCAGACCUUCAUGAUAAGAUUUCACAACUUGAAGGAAAUCUUGAGGCUAAGGCUGCAGCUGAAAUGAUUGAGGAAAUGAAGAAGACUAUUGAGAGAGUGGACAAGAAAUUAAAGAAAGAAAUGAAGAGCAUAGCAGAAGAGGAGGCCCAGAAAAACACCCGUCUAAUGGCUGACCUUGACACCAGGGUCACAGGCCUUAACUCCAAGAUCUCCAAUGUAGAGGAUUCACUUGAAGCUAAAAUCACAGGCUCUUCUGCUGCUCAGGCUCAAAACAUGAGAGACAAGGUUGAGUCCAUUUCUUUAUGGCAAGACGUCACCUCUCAGAGCAUACGAGAUAUCCAGUAUAAAGUACAGGAAUUACCAAUGGAAGUGUACCAGCUCCAGGAAAAACAUGAACUGCUGAAGUCUGACUUGACAGGGAAAGUGACUGCAGAGGCAGAGUCCAGGAAGCGAGAUGUUGAAAACCUUAGGCGUGAUCUGUCCAGGCUAGUGGCUGCUCCUGGUAAAGGUCUGGCUGGAGACAAGACUGCCACCAAGAGUGACUUUGAUGCAUACAAGCUGAGAGAGGAUAUUGAUGAGUGCCAGGAGAGUCUUCACAAGCUAGCAGAGUCAGUUCAGACCAUUAAAACAGUCCUUGGCAUGAAGAUAGCCACAGAGUCUAAGCUGAGAGUGGAAGAAGUGAAAAACUUACAGGAUGAACUUAACCGACUGCGUGGUUUGGUAGACCCUCUAUUAACAUCUGGCUCUGAGCCCAAAGUGUUUGUUAAACCUACGGGGGCUAGUAAAGAGGAGGCGGAAAGCCAGGCCUCAUCUGUCAACCGCUGGGGCGUGUAUUCUGCAUACAAGUGGAACAAAAUCAAAAACAAGAUGAAAGGCAAGAAAAAGGCGAGCAAGAAGGAGGCCCGCUCACCUUCGCCGUCAGAGAGCACUACUGUGCCAGUAGAUGUUGCGGACGUGGCAGCAGCGGGUAUCGCUGAAGCCGGAGCAAGACGACAAGCCCCGCCCUCAGAUGAUGAAACUGUAUCAGCACCACCCAAAAAGAAAAACAACAAAAAAGCGGAAAAUGAGUCUGAACCAGAAACUGAAGUAACUGAGCCAAAAAAGAACAAGAAAAAGGCAAAAGAACCACCACCAGAAGAUUCAGAAGAAGAGACAACUGCCCCAACCAAAAAUAAAUCCGAUACAAAACCGCCUCCAAAGAAAAAACAACCUCCAGCCGAGUCAGAAGACGAAUCAGAAGCCCCACCUCCGAAGAAAAAACAGCCACCACCUGAUUCAGAAGAUGAAGAUGACGAAUCAGAAGCUCCACCCCCUAAAAAGAAACAACCACCUCCCGAAUCAGAUGACGAAACAGAAGCACCACCACCAAAGAAAAAAGGACAAAAGCCUCCACCCGAUUCAGAAGACGAUGACGAGACAGAAGCGCCUCCUCCUAAGAAGAACCAAAAACCACCACCCGAUUCGGAGGACGACGAGUCAGAAGCACCACCGCCAAAGAAAAAACAGCCACCACCCGAUUCAGAAGACGAUGACGAGACAGAAGCGCCUCCUCCUAAGAAGAAGAGUCAAAAACCACCACCCGAUUCAGAAGAUGACGAAUCAGAAGCUCCACCCCCUAAAAAGAAACAACCACCUCCCGACUCAGAUGACGAAACAGAAGCCCCGCCCCCAAAGAAAAAAGGGCAAAAACCUCCACCAGAUUCAGAAGACGACGACGAAACAGAGGUCCCUCCUCCAAAGAAGAAUCAAAAACCACCGCCUGAUUCAGAAGAUGACGAGUCAGAAGCACCACCUCCGAAGAAGAAACAACCGCCUCCGGAAGAUUCCGAAGAGGAUUCAGAAGACGAAGCCCCUCCUCCAAAAAAACAACCGGAUAAUAAAAAGAAACCUCCACCUCCGGCGGAUGAUGAUGAAACUGAAUCGGAGGAUGAACCCCCUCCACCCAAAAAACAACCGGAUAAAAAGAAACCUCCACCUCCGGCAGAUGAUGACGAAACUGAAUCGGAGGAUGAACCCCCUCCACCUAAAAAACAACCGGACAAUAAAAAGAAACCCCCACCUCCGGCGGAUGAUGAUGAUGAAACUGAAUCGGAGGAUGAACCCCCUCCACCCAAAAAACAACCAGAUAAAAAGAAACCUCCACCUCCGGCAGAUGAUGACGAAACUGAAUCGGAGGAUGAACCUCCUCCACCUAAAAAACAACCGGAUAAAAAGAAACCCCCACCUCCGGCGGAUGACGACGAAACUGAAUCGGAAGAUGAACCCCCUCCCCCAAAGAGUAAAGGUAAACCGCCUCCUAAGAAACCCCCGCCGCCUGAUGAUGAUGAUGAUGACAGUGAAGAUGACGAUGAUCCUCCACCUAGGAAACCACCUGCAAAGAGGCGAUGAAAUCAUUCCAGUAACACUGUGCAAUUAUCUGUUACAACGCACAAAUAGUCCAGACGAUGAAUGGUACCAAGGACGACCCCAUUCGCACCACGGACACAACGACAAACUCCAAAUAUGCAGGACUCUAACCAAGACUCCGUCCGAUCUUCAUGUCGUAACCUUUGAUUACGUGAACAGACAACGUGUAGUCGGGACAAAAGAAAAUUAUUUUUGUAUUUCACGUCUGAGUUUUGCAGAAACGGGAAACACUGGGGCAAGCAUAUACAUUAUAGUCAUUCUUUUUAAGCUGUCACUAUGCCAGUAUGUUCUAUUAAGUGAUUAACAAUCUCACUGAGUCCUUAUUGUGCAAUGUAAAUCUAAUUGUUGUAACAUUUUAUUAGACGUAGAUGUUUAUUGUUAGAAUUUAUCUAUCGAUCUCAUUGCUUUAAAGUUUAUCGUAUUUUUAUUUUGCUAAGCGUUCUUAGAUAUUGGACAAAGUUUUUCGUAUUUUUGUUUUGCUAAGCGUUUUUAGACAUCGGACAUAAUGAUAAGAGAUUUCUCGACCGUUAUUUAAAAU